AAAUGUUUGCAAAGAAAACAUGAAUUCAUUAUUCAAUUCAAACAAUUUGUGGUCAUUUAUAACAAGACAUCACAUCUCAAGACAUUGGUUCUCAACGGGACGUCAGUUGUGGUCACAAACGGGUGAUCAUAACAAAGAGGUGGUCGAAGACAAUGCCGAAGAAGUUGAGAGACAUUUCGCCGAUCUGUCGGUCAAACAGUUUGAAUGUUUGGCCAAAACCGCGGAUCAGAUGAAUGACAUCGAAAUGAUAUUGUCUUCGUAUGAAUACGCGAAGUAUGAGACACAAGAAGUGCCCUCUAGUUUGACACUCAAUGAUAUGAGAAAACUGAUAGCUCUGAAGAGCGCCGGCCGACGGAACAGGUAUAUGAACUUUCUGUACCAGAAGGAGAUCCAAUCGAUUCACAAAAAGAGAUUGAGAGCUAUUCGCAAGACAUUGAAAGAGAAGGAAUUGAGUGAUAAGUGGAUCCAUAGGGGGGACAAACGGACCGGUCUUUUCGAUGAUAACGGAGACAUUGCUUACGGUUUGUGGCGCAACAGUCUCUUCGCCAGAAUAUCGCCGGCAAAUAUACGCCGAUAUUCUGUCCAUCGGUUGCAAAGCGCAGCCCUUUUUGGCCAAAAUAUUGUGUUUGAUUUGAGUUGUGAUCCACAGAUGAGUCAAACGAAUUGCGUCAAGAAAUUGGGACAAUUAGUGAACGCCUAUCAGACAAAUCGUAUGGUUUGGGAUGCGGUUCAAGACAACCAAUUGGUGGCAAACUAUCCGCACUUUUUGUCCGCAUUUACCCCAAAGUCAUACUUAGAUCUGUUUGACAGAAAAGAUUUGGUAUAUUUGUCGCCCAAAGCGGGCAAAGAUCUGGAGUACGAGUCAAACAAAACAUAUAUAAUAGGUUUCGGCGACGAAUACUCGGAUACUCGAACAGAUGUGACUCGAGUUAAGUCACGGAAUGAAAGGAUUGUAAUUAGAAGACUACCAAUAGAUCGGUACUGUUUGUGGAGUAAAGGCUCCAAAGACUUGAGUUCUAGUGUUGUGCUCCGUAUUCUCAAUGAUAUGAGUGAUGGCAUCGGUUGGCAGAAAGCAUUUCAACGAAAUAUUUCUAAAGAUUGCUUCAAAACCGAAGAGGAGAUCGAAGCCGAAGAGUUAUAUCGUAUGAGUAAAUUGAAUCGUAAGAAUAAAAUGCGAAAACGACUCAAUGAUUCCGCAAUGAUUUAUAAAUAG